AUGGCGACAACAGCGCUCUCGCUGCCGCUCUGCCAAGGCCUCACACCGGACAACCUCGCGUCGGCGGCUUCGUCGUACCCGCGACUCAAGCCCGCGCUGUCUACGGUUCUAGCGCAGCCGCUCGCAACAUGGUACACGGACCGGACCGAGUACCUCAAGGUUGCAACGCAGACCAUGGAUGUGUGCGCGGCAGGCAACGGCCACAGCGCGCAGCUGCCCGUCCUCGUCGUCUACGGCCUCCCGGGCAAAGACUGCUCGGGUGUCUACUCAAACCAGGGCUCCAACACCAACACGGCCGAGUACACUGCGUUCAUCACGGCGCUCGCGACCCUCGUGGGCACGCAGCCCGUGCUCUACGUCCUCGAGCCCGACGCCGUGGGUCUCUUGGCCGACGGCGCCAACUCGUGCGCUUGGACGCACGGGUACUUGGCCAAUAUGGAGAUUGCGAUGAGUCUUCUCACUGCUGCCAACCCGAACGCGCUCAUGUACGUGGAUGUCGGCUGGUGGACGUUCAAGAAUGCAACGACGAUGGCCACCAUGCUGCCGAUCGUCGACAAGCUCGCGAAAGCCGGGCGCAUGCGCGGGAUCGCGAUCAACACGUCCAACUACCGCGGCAACGCCGAGCUGCUCGAAUAUUGCAUGAAUUUUGCCGCGGCGCGCCCGGGAUACACGUGCAUUUUCGAUACCUCGCGCAACUACCACGGCCCGAGCCCCACAGGCGAGUGGUGCAACGCCAACAUGGCCGGCAUUGGGGUGCCACCGACGUCCAGCACGGGAUCGCCCCACGUCGACUACUACCUCUGGCUCAAGACACCCGGGCAGAGCGACGGUCUCUGCAACACGGGCGUAAGUGCCGACGCGAUGCGGGGGCCGGCAGCCGGUGACUUUUUCCAGCGCGGCUUUUCCAUGAUGUGGGACAACGGGUACUUUGUCGACAAGGGCCUCGGCACCAAGCUCGGCGAGUACGCAAUCCCGGGCCAAGUUUCCGACUCGUCCAUAUCGCCGAUCGUGUGGGUCAUCAUUGCCGCUUCGAUUCUCGCUGCCGGCAUCGUCCUCGGCGUGGGCAUCCUGCUCAAGAAGAAACGUGACGCGCGCAAGCAGAAAGAACGGGCCGGAUAUCAACUCGAGCGCCGGUCGCCGGCUAUUUAA